CACUGGUACGGCUAGUGUUUCAGUGUUGCAUCGUGCGUCACGCAGCGAUGACGAUGGCGACCAGCGAGGAGUUCGAGCUGAAGCGCAUGUCAACCCCGCUGCAAGACUUUGUGCCAUCGACGAUACGGUUCCGGAACGUAGUUUAUCGUACAAAUGAAAAGGAAAUUCUGAGCAAUAUCUCGGGCCGCUUCCAACAUGGUCGACUGGUAGCACUGAUGGGACCAUCCGGAGCGGGUAAAUCAUCGCUUCUGAACGUGCUUUCUGGCGCACAAAUAUUCGGUAUGAUCGGAACAGUUACCAUCAACGGUGAACCGGUAGAGGAGAACGACCCACGCAGUGUGUACGUCGAGCAGGAGUGUCCACUGUUGGUAUUUCUAACCGUCCAGGAAACGAUGCAGUUUGCAGUAGAUAUGAAGAUGCCACAGCGCUCACUUCAGUCGGUGAAGGAAGCGAAAAUCGACGACAUACUGGAGAUGGUUGGUUUGAACGAAUCCCGCAACACCGUUGUGAGGAAUCUCUCCGGUGGGGAACAACGCCGACUAGCAGUGGCAGUGGAGCUGAUUACCAAUCCACCGAUUAUGCUGCUAGACGAACCGACCAGCGGGUUGGAUAGUGUAUCUUCCACCCAAGUUAUCUCGCAUCUAAAGUCACUGGCCAUGAGUGGACGUACGAUCGUGUGCACGAUACAUCAGCCGGCGUCAAGCCUGUUCCAGCUGUUUGACGAUGUGUACUUACUACGCCAAGGUCGAUGUCUGUAUGCGGGUCCGGUGGAGAAUAUGUUGGUUAGGUUCGCACGUGUUGGACUUCGAUGUCCGGAGUAUUACAAUCCAGCCGACUUUGCGCUGGAAUCGAUAUCCGCCAAUCAACCCGAAGCACACCGAAUGCUCUGUCAGCUGGUGGAUGAAGAAAUGCGUGAGAUCAACGCGGGAGCUCCAUCGAGUCCUACGACUCUUGCUGCUCAGCUAGUACCCGGGAAGCGGAUCGCUCGUUAUCAAACUGCCUGCUACUAUCAACUUUACACACUGCUCAAGCGUUCCGUGCUGUCGUCAGCUCGUGAUGAGUUUUUCCUCAAAAUACGACUCGGCAUGCAUCUUGCACUGGGUCUCGUGUUUGGAGCCGUACACUACAAUGCCGGUUCGGAGGCGGCCAAAGUGCUCGCUAACGUUGGUUGCUUUUUUCAGCUGUUCGCUUUCGUGUACUUCACCAAUGCCGUGUCGGUAGUAAACUAUGCGGACGAAGUGAACGUCGCAAUCAAGGAGAUCGCCAACAAUUGGUACAGCCGCGAGGCGUACUUUUUUGCCAAGCUCAUCCACGAUCUUCCCCUGCAGCUGUUUUGUCCCUCGUUUCUGCUGGCGAUCGUGUACUAUCUCACCGAACAACCAAUGGAGUGGAUGAGGUUUGGAAUGUUGCUCGGUGUAUUUGCUGUUGGUGGUGUGAUCGGCCAAAGUUUGGGACUGAUAGGAGGUAUCUGUUUUGAAGUGAAAAUGCAAAAUUUCUUCGUCGCGAAUGCGUGUAUUGUGCCGAUUCUGUUUUCGGGAUUCUUUGUCAAUGCGGGCGAUAUGAUCUCGAUCCUGCGGCCACUUAGUACGGUGUCGUUCUUUCGGUAUCAGUUUCACGGUGCAAUGCAGGCGCUUUAUGGAUACGAUCGGGGUACGAUUCCUUGUGGGCAGGUGUACUGUUACUAUAAGAAGCCGUCCACCAUACUUGAGCAGUUCGAUAUUGACGCGUAUGGGUAUGGCACUAGUAUUUCGAAAGCGUUGGUGUUGGUGUUGAUAAUGCAGUUGAUUAUUUACGUUGGGUUUAUGGUGCGAUUGCGACGAAUAAAGUGA